AGUAUUUACUAUUUCGUCUAUGGUUUCUUUUCUCUAGUCUCUGAUUUUUGACAGCUGCAGUGGAAGAGAUUCAAGCCGAAAAUGUACAAAUUUACGAACCAUUUAGCCAACGCAAAGUUGGUAUUGGUACGCAAGCAGCUGGACGGCACCUGUGCCGCCCUGGUGCUCACGCGCCAGCGGCGGCCACUGGGCACCAACCCCCCGGAGAACUGCCCAAAGCCGACGACUCCGCCCAAGAGUCGGAAGCUGCUGUAUGGCACGCUUGGGGCUGUGCUGCUCACUGGGGGCGCCGUUGUCUAUGCCAAGAACAGCCCCGAAGCCCGCAACUGGCUGGAAAGCAACAUGCCUAUAGCAAACGACUUCAUCGCACUUGUGUAUCAGGAGAACACAACCUAUUGGAAGACCGCUGUCAAUAAAUUCAACAGUGCCAGCACUUCACUCGGCCACUUGAUGUUCGGAAAGGAGGGCGUGGUCCCGGUAGAGGUCAGAAAGAAGACCAAGGAGGAGUUUGAGGCUGAAGCGAAGAUAAAUCUCGGACCCAAAAAUUAUCAAUUGCCUCCGCCGGCGUUCGAACCGCUGUACAUCGAGGAACCGAAAAUAGUCCCCCCUGAGGUACACCAGCCAGCAACCCUCAUCCAAACGGACAAAAGUGACCCACAGGCACCAAUGAAGAUCGAGAUCACCAAAGACCUUGUAGAACUUGAACAAGACAUGCACGAUAACACCCGUAUUGCUGUAGACAACUAUAAAGAAGCAGUUAAACACGCCGAGAGAUAUAACAAGGCGUUGUAUAAGAUUGUUGAGAGCCCCAUCGAGAACUUGGACAACACGCUGUUCAAGAAUCUGCAAUCAGCCCAGAACGAUCUCAAGACAACUGAAACUACGGCUAAGAACGCUUGCGCAAAGGCCCGUUGUGCCAUUGAGACCAUAGACCGCAUGCUCAAAGCCGGCGUGAAGGCGCCCCCAGAAAGCAUCGCGUCCACCAAGCGAUACCUCAAGCAGUUCCGCGAAGACCUGUCCCGCGUAGAGACUGCCUUCAACCAGGAGAAGGAGAAGGCCUUACUUAGCGACAAAUACUGGGAAAAGGUGGAGCACGCCCGGCAGACGUACAAGCGCGAGCUGCAGGCGUUGUUCCCCGGCUUGGAUCUGAGCGCGCGGAAGUUGGACGUACGCGGAGACACCGAUCUGCUUCUCUUGUACACGCUGCGACAGGUGGCGUAUCUUCAAAAUGAAAUCGCCGAAUUGCACACAGUCAGAGAGCUCAAAAUGAACCGAGCUAUUGAAUGUCACGACGAGAAAAAGCUGAUCGAGGCUAAAGUGGAGGACAUGAUUAAGAAGGAACAAUUAGAGAAGGACAAGGAAUUCAAUAAAAAGAUCCUAGAGGUGCACGCGGAGGCGGCGCGGCAGAUGAAGGAACAGCUCAAGAAACAAUACGAGGUUCAACAGGACGUCAUGCAAGCUGCCCUCGCCAGGAAGGAACAAGAGGUCAUAUCCAAAUUCGGCCGCCAAGUAUCCGAACAAGUGGAAAAGGAACGAGUAAUUUUCAAGCGUGAGCUGGCCGCCAUGGCUGGUAAACUUCAGGCUAUCGAGCAGACAUUGAAACAGCGCGCGAAAGCCGAAGCGGAAGCGCGUCGCUCCCAGUCUCUCUGGGCGGCCGCCGAGGCGCUGCUGGCCGCCACGCGCCGCCCCGCCGCGCAGGUGUCGGUGGACAAGGAGCUGCAAGCGCUGGAGAAGGCUGGUAAAAACGAUAAGCUGGUCGAGACCGUGCUGAAAGGCAUACCGAAGGACGCGCGCAACAAGGGCAUUAUCACGGAAAAGACAUUGCGGGAUAGGUUUGACCUGAUGGAGCAGAACGCAGUGAAAGUGGCUCUCGUCGGAAGAAAUGGUGCUUCUCUACCUAUCUACUUUCUCUCGUGGCUGCAGUCCAAACUACUCUUCCCUAAGCUAGCUGAAAUACCGCAAGACGAAUUAGACAACCUACCUACAGACUUCUCGCAGUUAGACACCUUCGAUAUCAUCCAGAGGGCAAGAUACUACAUGGAUCACGGCAACCUGCCGGCCGCCCUGCGUUACAUCAACCUGCUGCAAGGCGGCCCCCGCGCCGCGGCUGUCCCGUGGCUGGAGUCUGCGCGCGCGCACCUCGAGAUCAAGCAGGCCGCUGAGGCCGUCAUGGCGCACGCUUCCGUCUCCGGCCUGCUGUACUUGUAGACUAUUACAGCUUGAAUAGACUAAAUGACUUGGAGCCCAAUCUAGCAGGAUUGACAUAAAACGGACGUCCCAUAAAAAGAGAAAAAUGGCCAACUUGGUAACAUCAAACCAUAGUAAAUUUCUUUUUUAAUACGCAUACCGUUAUCGACUCUAAUGUAAUAGUAAUAAAUAUCAAUUUGCAUUGUUACCAAUUAUGAUCGAAUUAUAUAUGAAAUGAAUAAAUACUACAUGCGCACUUAGGAUAUAUUGUCUAAGACCGAUGUAUGAAUUAUUUUAUUGUUGUAAACUUUAUUUCUAUAAAAUGCAUCUAAAAAUCAAUACAGGCGAUGACGAGAGUAGUACAAAAAAAAACAGUAAUAUGUUUAUGUUCUGUAAAUUCAAAUGGUUUUUUACUUAUAAAACAUUGUACUUUCAUGAUGUUUCUAUUUGUUAAACGUGUACAGUCGCCAUCAGAUAUAUCAGAGCGCCCGAGGUGUUCACAAUAUCUGAACACACACUCUAACGCCUUGACAAUAGAGGAGUGUUCAGAUAUUUGUGAGAGCCUUGAUCGCUCAGAUAUAUCUGAUGGCGACUGUACCUAUGUAUUGUUUUUUGAUCAUUUUGCUGCUUUUCGCUUAGAAGUAAAUUGAAACCUGUCAUUUCAUGAAUGUGAUGGUUUUUGACACAAAAUGUAUUAAAAAGUCUUAAAAAUUACUUCUAAGCGAUGGACAAAAAAUCAUCAUCAUCUUCCUCGCGUUGUCCCGGCAUUUUACCACGGCUCAUGGGCGCCUGGGUCCGCUUGGCAACUAAUCUCAACAAUUGGCGUAGGCACAAGUUUUUACGAAAGCGACUGCCAAGUGCCAUCUGACCUUCCAACCCAGAGGCGAAACUAACCCUUGUUGGGAUUAGUCCGGUUUCCUCACGAUAUUUUCCUUCACCGAAAAGAGACUGGUAAAUAUUAAAUGAUGCCAUGGACAAAAAAUAAAUAUCAUUAUUCAUUAUAAUAAUAUUUUUCACUCAGCUUGGGUACAGUCACAGCUCAUAACCUUAUUUAUAACCUUAAAACGCAAAAUCGGCAAUAUAUAAAGAAAUGACAGCUGUCAUCAUAACCAAGCUUUGUGAACAAUAUUGUAGGUCACAGUCUGUUGGGUCUGUUAUUUUUUAUGUACUGUCGCCGUCAAAAAUAUCUUUACAAUGAGGGUGCUCAAAAAUAUCUAAAUAUGCAAUCUUUAGUCAUAUAUUUGGUAAAUAUGGCAAAUGUACCUACAAGUGAACAAUAAAAAUCUAAGAAAUUAAGUUUAAUCUUGGUUCAAAUAAAGAUCGAACAGUAUGAAUUUAUUUAUUUAAUAUUGUAAUAAAACGAAUAAAUUAGUUCCAGAGUCCAAAAAUGUUCUGUAGUAAGAUUAAAUUAUGACUACUAAAUGUUGGGCAAACAACGAGAAAAUUGUAUGUUUAAUACAUUUCAUUUCAUAACUCUGCAAACAAAAUGUGUCGUUUUCAAGCAAAAGGUACCACAUUGUCGCUUGCCGUAAGGACGCUGACAGGUUUUUCGUAUACAGAUACAAGCAAUUUUCGUCCUCAUGGUAAGCGACAAUGUGGUACCUUUUGAUUGAAAACGUCACAAAUAAAGGUGAUACAGUCGGCAGCAAAAAUUUCUCAUAAUAAUCUGAAACCGACUAUUGUUUAGAAAAUAAGGUUCAUACAGAUAGUUUUAAAGAAUUUCACUUUAAAGCUAUUUUUCUUGGUUGACAUUACAUUUUGAGAAUUUAUGGUAAACUGACAUUUUUUUUCAAUAGUAUAAUUUGCAUUUAUAGCGACUGCCAAGCAUCUGCCGUUCAAACGUUGUGUGUUAGAAAGAGACAGAUGCUUAUGUCUGGAGCAAUGGACUCUUUAGUCAAAUGGCACUUAAUAAAUAUCGCACCGCACGUAGAACGGAGUUAAAUUUAGUAAUUUAUGUAAAUAUGAAGAUAUUGUUAAAUUUAAAUUAAACAAUGAUUUUUAUUUCAA